AAAUACACAGACUUCGAAUGUUAUUAAAUUUUUAAAAACCUAGUAAACUCAAAGUCGGAUUAUGCCACUAUAGCUCGUAAUUAACUAGUAUAACAAAUUUUCAGAUCUACGAUCUAUUAUUUUGGAUUUUUGUCCAGAUCGUUCCACCAUAUCUUGAACCUUCUGUCAUCUCAGCUAGGCUGCCGGGCUACCCGUGAUAUAUAUAUCAACAACCUUUUCCCCCCCUCUGUUUUAAUUUCGAUUAUGUCAUCUAUUCCAUGGGUAAAGAUCCGAUCCAACUGCCUUUGUUGCCGUUUAUUUAUUACUUCAUAAAUACUUAUUUACUUUAUCCCACCUGAAUAUUUCUUAUGAUGAAUGAUCACUUGCCUUUCUGUUGAUCGGACUUCAACGGCCGCCGGCGUAAUUCACCGGAGUGCAUCCCCUUGUUGGGACUUUUGAGGCGAGAGGGUGUACGUCGAGACAAGUUUAGUGGUGACGUCGGAGUGAUCGGGGAGAUGGGAAAUUUGUAGAAUGUAUUUCACAUCGAAAAAAGAAGAGGUGAGAGGUGGCCAUGCCAGCGAAAACGGUGGCGGCUAUGUCGUACGUAACACGAAAACAACAGGAUUACAGGAACAUAUAUAACGUUUUUUAUGUACUUCAAAGAAUAAAGAAAACAAGAAGCUAGCAAAUGUUUACUUGUCGAUGAAGAAACUAAUUUCUGCAUCAUGGGUGACCACACGCAUAGAUUUAUGUUUGUGUUGUUUUCGUUGGUUUUAAUAAUUUGGUUUGAACACAAGGAAAAUGAGACGCGACACAGCAAGAGUGGACUUCCUGUUUCUUUUCCUAAGUUUACCUACAUUUUUUUGAUGAAUUUUCCCUAUAUUUUUCUUACAAUAAUAAUAUUUGAUUUGUGUGUUAUAGGUAAAGUGAAGUUUUACUACCUACAUUUAGGAGUAGCAACGUGCGGGUCGGGCGGAUAGUGCAUUUAUGUUAUCUUAUCCAAAGUAGUUCGGGUUUUAUCCAUAUCCAUAUUCAUACUCACAUAAACAAUCCCCGUACCGUUCGGAUAUCCAUAGUUAUCUAUGGGUAAUAAUUUCUCUUUAUAAGUCAUACAAAUAUGUUAACAUUUACAUACAUAUUAACAUGAAAAGUAUAACCUUUGGAAGGCAACAAAUCAACUCAUACAGUGGUUCCUUUGAAGAACGUCAUUGACAAGAUUGGGGCAGCGGAUUCACAGGAUGCUCGUGGAGGAAGAAUUCUUAAGGAGAUUUGGCUGCUUCGGUAACAAUAUCGAACUUUAGCAGUGGAAUUUAUCGACAAGAGUAACAAUCUAGUAGCCCAUGAGGUGGUCAGGUCAUUUCUUUGUUUCUUGCAAGUGUAGAGAUUCUUUAUUAUAGACAUUGGUUGUGAUUUGGUGUAUAAAGUAUAGACAUUGUUAUCUUUUUUCUUGGUAAUACAAGUGAUGAUAAAAAGGGAGAAAAGGUAGGUUCUGACAUGGGCCCAGCCCAGUUGGGUUUGUGACUCGGACCUCCAUGAUGGAAAAUUGAACGUUGCCGGAAGCGGGCGAGUCAUUGGGCUUGAAUGACCCAAAAGCUAAGAACCCAGCCCAAAAGGACACGUUAUCCGUACAGUUAAUCCUGACCUGACCCCACCCAAGGCGGCACCGCCAAGCCGGCACCGGCGCUUGCGAUAAUCCGUCAAAGCUUCGUAUCUAUUUGACUGUGAAUUGACUCAAAUGAUCAACCUUCCCUGCUCCGUCAAAAUUACCUUCAACGCCAGCCAGCCCAUUUGCCGCCCACCUCUCGCGUUUGCACAACUCAGAGCGAGUGAUAGAUUGCCGGUGAGGAAAUCAAGUUGGGAAAUGGGGACGAAAUGGGCAGAAACGGUGAAGAAGGCGGAGCAGCUGGUGGAGAGAACGAUGAAAGGGAACGACGCGUCGCAUGACGCUUCCCAUGUCUGGAGGGUUAGGAGCCUCGCGCUCUCUUUGGCUUCUGAAGAAGAAGCCCUCUCUUCCGACACCGAUUCCUUGCAAAUCGUAGAACUCGCUGCUCUUCUUCACGACAUAGGUGACUAUAAGUACUUAAGCGAUCCAUCUGAAGAAAAAAUUGUGGAGAAGUUUCUUGAGGAAGAGGGUAUUGAAGAGGUCAAGAAAGUGAAGAUACUAUCAAUCAUUAGGGGGAUGGGUUUCAAAGAGGAACUUGCAGGUCAGGGCAACAGUGAAAACUGUCCUGAAUUUGGGGUUGUCCAAGAUGCCGACCGCCUUGAUGCAAUUGGUGCAAUAGGAAUUGCACGCUGCUUUACAUUUGGAGGAAGUAGGAGCCGAGUGCUUCACGAUCCCGCCAUUCAUCCCCGUUCAGACUUAUCCAAGGAGCAGUACAUGAAGAAAGAAGAGCAGACCACCAUCAAUCACUUCCACGAGAAACUCCUCAAGCUGAAAGACUUGAUGAAAACUGAGGCUGGCAAGAGAAGGGCUGAGAAAAGGCACAAGUUCAUGGAGGAGUAUCUGAACCAAUUCUACGAGGAAUGGGAUGGCAGAGCGUAAACGAGGCAAGUUAUCCAAGUUCCCCCUCCCCAAUAUCAAAGUGCUUCUGAAAUCCGACCUUGAAUUGAACAAACCAUUUUCAUCCAAAUGCACGAUCUAAGGUGGCCACUCUGACCUCUUUCGGCAAUUGUAUGUGUACAAUACAAGCAAGAAAAAAAAAAGUCUACCAUGGUUUGGCUUUUGCUUGAUAGUAACAGUUAGCUCCAUGGUUUGGAACUCUGGAUAGUCAUAUGGUCUCCAACCAUAUAUACCAACUAUUAAGGGUGGUUACUUGAAACUCAAGUCACCAUCUUUCUUAUUCUGUUUUGCUUCAUGUUAAGUCUGUUCAGUAAACUGCUGCUUCCUGGUGUAAUGAUCAUCAUCAUAUUGACUUUAUGGAAACAUCUGCGUUGACUGUUUAUAACUUGCGAGUGAAGAAAUGUAUUGAUUCUAG